AGAGAGAUGGGCUGGAGUGGCACGAGAAGAGAAAAACUGGCCAGCAUAUACGUAACAUAUGGAUAAGGAGACUAGUGGUACCAGAAAAACGACCAGCACGUAUGUGAGUGUUUCUUCUCCGAUUUAUUCCUCGUGCUCUUAUCGCAGACUCGACAGUAGUAUUUUACGACAAUAAUACGUUUCCAUGACGUAAUAAAGUAAUCACUUUAUACUUUCUUAUAAACUGUGGUUUGUUUACUUUCAGUCGAUUAGGAAAAAAUAAUUUGAUUUUACUUUAGAUAGCCCAGCUUGUUUUGACGUUGUGGUAUUUUUGUUUCUGUAAUUAAAAAUCUAUUUUUGCAGAUUGACCUGUUAAAAAGUUUGAAAUGAAAAUGCAAAAGCUGCUAGCUAUGACAGUGUGAAAAGAAAAUCUAAUUUCACAAAUCACCAGAAUGUGUCUGAACUCUGAUUAAACAGCUGAAGACUAAUUAUAAUUUGAUUAGUAUAAGAAAACCAGUCCUCCGAGAGACCUGCGGGCGGCGCGAGAUAAUUUCCCAGAGCCAGACCUCGCGUCCCUGACACUUCACUAAUGAUUUCUGAAGUACUGUAACUAAAUCUUCUGCUAGUAAUACGAAUACCAAUAACAAUGACAUUCGUCCCUUUCGGAUAACCACAACAUGGGAUACAGCAAAUAAAAGGUGUUAACCAAGAAAAACAAGACUACGGGCUUUGCCUUGAAAUAGAAGGAAACAGCAGAACGUUAAUUAUCGCUGUUACUUGAGGGCAAGAAAAUUGUACUCGGAAAUCCCUUCCGAAAGGACACGAAGACCUUUUGCAAAAGUGAGCGAACACGUAUUUUUGAGGAGAGGGGUUUUUGUAAAUUGCAGUUUUUAGUAUAGUAAACAAUUUUGGAGAUGGAAGUAGCGGCCGAGCAGUCUAGGUGGAUGUCACAUCACCACUCUAUACUGAACAGCCAACACACGGACUCGCACCACCCCGGACUGACACACAACUACAUGGACCCCAUGGCCCAGUUACUGCCACCAGACGAGGUCGACGUUUUUCUAAACCAUCUGGAUUCACCAGGAAAUCCAUAUUAUCCCAGCUCCCGAACCAGGGUGUCUUACAGUCAAGCUCACGCUCGCCUCGCAGGGAGUCAAGUCUGCCGACCGCACCUCCUUCACAGUCCAGGCAUCCCGUGGCUGGACAGUAGCAAGGCGGCCUUUUCCGCGACGCAUCAUCCCAACCCAUGGGCGGUCAGCCACUUUAGCAAGCCCGGAUUGCAUCCGGCAAGGUCUGGCUUUCCCUGCAGCAGUGGUUCCUCUACUGCUCCCGUGCCAUCUCUGACUUCGGCAUCUCAUUCCAGCCCACACCACCUCUAUAGUUUCCCCCCGACUCCACCUAAGGACGUGUCUCCAGAUCCAGGAGCUGCUUCGCCAUCAUCGUCUUCCACUAGAAUAGACGAGAAAGAGUCCAUCAAGUACCAGUUAUCAAUAUCAGAUGGAAUGAAAAUGGAAGGUUGCAGUCCGAUACGAAACAGCCUGACUUCAAUGAAUGCCCAGACUACCUCCACACACCAUCCCAUCCCGACGUAUCCAGCCUACCCUCUCCCAACACCACACGAUUACAGCAGCAGCCUUUUCCAUCACGGCAGCCUGCUCGGCGGACCCCCCGGUUUCACACCGAAGUGUAAAUCCAAGGCAAGGUCGAGUUCAGAGGGCCGUGAGUGUGUCAACUGUGGGGCCACCUCCACACCCCUGUGGCGAAGAGAUGGCACUGGACACUACCUCUGCAAUGCCUGUGGCCUCUACCACAAGAUGAAUGGCCAGAACCGACCCCUCAUCAAACCCAAACGCAGAUUGUCCGCUGCGAGACGUGCUGGCACCUGCUGCGCUAACUGUCAGACAAGCACGACAACUCUGUGGCGACGCAACGGGAACGGAGACCCGGUGUGCAACGCCUGCGGCCUCUACUACAAGCUGCACAACGUGAACCGACCACUAACCAUGAAGAAGGAAGGUAUCCAGACACGAAACCGCAAAAUGUCCAACAAGUCCAAGAAAAGCAAGCGUGGUGAAGGCUUUGAGGAGCUCUCCAAGUGCAUGCAGGACAAGCCAUCGCCCUUCGGCAGUGCUGCACUUGCAGGGCACAUGCCUCACAUGGGGCACCUGGCUCCCUUCAGCCACUCCGCACACAUGUUGCCCACCCCCACAGCGAUUCACCCCUCCUUCACCCACCACUGAGACCCUCUACUCUCUACUUUAGGCACCUCCCCACCCCCCACUGUGGUACUCUCUCCUCAGAAGAGGAAUGAGAAUGCGUCGGGAGAUGGAGACUUGAUUUUAUUCCAUGGAUUAAAUGGACACGGUUGCUGUUUGAGAGAACCUGAUCUAAUCUGGAUUUACUGAAAGGAAAAUGAGCUUAAAUCAGCAUCUUGGCUGUUUUUUUUCCCUUGAAAGCCUGUAGAUAUGCUGGUCAAGAAGAACGUUGUGUUUCCUCCAGCUUCCUUCUCUCUAGGAAUAAUAUUGAGAAUUUACAGUGCAAAAUUGGUUUUGCAUAUUUGUUUACUUGGUACCAGAGAAAGUUUUCAGAUACCACAGCACAUUCACCACCAUUUUUAAUGAGACGUGCUGGGGGGCUGGGGGGCACCCCUGCUCAGCAAGAGGAACCGCUAAUGCUGUAAAUGUAGGAACGAAGACAAACACACAGAGAAAAAUGAAGAAAAUGCUCCACAAGGUUACGUAUGUCAUGCUGGACAUUAUUUUCAAAGGACUUAAAAAAUGAGAAGGAAACAAAAUUAUAAAUUUAAUUUCAAAAAUGUAUUAUUUUUUUGAUAAUUUAUUUUUAAUUUUUGUUCUUUUUUCCUUUCUUGAGAACACGGAUAUUUUAUUUUAAUGUUUUAUUUUAAUAUCAGACAAGAUGAGCCGUAAAACAUAAAAUCUAUCUGUCCCUCCUGCAUCAGACAAUAAAUUGAAGUUACAGUACAGAUAA